CGGCAUGUCGCCCAUUUGGGUUCGUGGUCGCGCUCGGUGCUGCUUGUUGCUCGAGUGUUUGCUCCAACCGGACCAGUUCUGCCACUCUCGCUUCUUUACGCCAGAUCGCUCGCCAUGGUCGUGAAAGUGGUGCUCGCGUGCUUCGUGCUGGCGUCUGCCGUGUCUGCCUUGGUUCGGCAGGGCGGGCACAAGCUCGACAGUAACAUCGACGCGAUCGCCAACGAAAGUCAUCUUGGCAAUAACUGGCUCCCCAUGAGUUGUCUCAGGGUUGCUGGUAUCGGGUCUUACUAUGGCGAGCCCUUGCACAGGUAUGAGAAUGGAGCGUGCAACAACAAUUAUGUCUUCCACCCCGAGAACAUGAUCUACAAUUGCCCUCAUGCCUCAUACGGCAAUGGCUGGGUAGGGCCCGAUUGCAAAUUGAACAACCAUGUCACAACGAAUUCGUUGGGAAAUUCUGGCGGAUGCGGUGGCACUGACAAGACCGACGCGGAAUGGCUCGCUUUUGAUCUCGGUUACACCAGAUACAUUGAGUCUGUGAAACUCAAGCCAUCUCUAACGACGAUUGGGUCUUACUAUGCUUGUCCGACUUACAAAAUUCUUACGUCGAAUUCGGCCCCAGCUUCCGGGAUAUUUGUAGCGCAGGCCAGCGUUGGUUACACCACCGUAGUUGACCAAUCUACCGCUGUUGAUACCUCACAAGAGCAGACUCAUAGCAUCGGUGUGAGCGCGCGAUACAUCAUGUUCGAUUGCGUAACAAGUACGUACCACUCAGGCGGACUAGAUAAUUUCGAUGUGAAGGCUGAUGGGGACGCAACUCCUUGUGAUACGAGCGCGCCAAUCCCGACGCCGCCUCCGACGCCGCCACCGACGACCAGCCCAACUCCGAGCCCGACCAUCUUGCAGGCGGCUGCCGUCUAUGGUUACGAAGUCACGUACAAAUCUACGCACCAGAUUGAUGACAUUUACUUUGUAAAGAAUGGUGCGCGGACGAUCCCUUUCAUGGAAUCUUUCCCGACCUACGGCGGCUGCACGCUCACUCAGGGCGGCCCUUGCAACGGAGGCCAUCAGAGCCCGUGGGACUCGUCAGGCAAGGCUGACAACUCCAGGUGUUGGUCGUUCACGACUCACAGUAUCUUGUGCGACCAUGACAUAACCUCCGACGAAGUGCAUAUAGAGUUCUGGUCGGGUGGCUAUUCUUCCACGAGCGGCUUCACGGUGAAGUCAUUGGACGCGGGUGGAUCAGUAAUUGCAACUGUGGCUGAUGUUGGGUCCCGGACAGGACUUACUGCUUGCAAUGCGCUCGACGGCGCUGGGACGCCAACAACUUGUCCGGUCUCUCCUCCGACGACGUACACGCAACCUACUGCUGCGACGCCCAGCCCGACCGCUGCGACACCCAGCCCGCCAGCUUCUGGGGCUUCUGCCGUUGGCGAUCCUCACCUGCAAAACGUUCGUGGUGAGCGGUUCGAUCUGAUGACGGAGGGCAAGCACGUUCUCAUCAGCAUUCCUCGUGGACGCAACGCCGAAAACGCCUUGCUUCGCGUGCAGGCCGAUGCGCGCCGAUUGGGUGGCCAAUGCGCGGAUCUAUACUUCCAAACGCUGAACGUUACAGGGUCUUGGGCAGAGGCCAAGCAAGCUGGAGGGUAUCUGCGUGACGCAAACCGACGCCGAGACUCCAGAAUGGGCUGCUUUUGGUAAGGUUGAGCUCAAGGUCGUUCGUGGACGUACGGGCAGUGGCCUCCGCUAUUUGAACUUGUACGUGAAGCACCUAGGGCGAGCAGGAUUUGCUGUUGGAGGUCUGUUGGGAGAGGACGACCACGAGGACGUAAUGGUUCCCCCGGAGGCAUGUGCCACGCAUCUGGCCCUGGUGGAUAACGUGGAAGCAGGCCUGAAAGCUCCAUCAGUGGCCUCGGUCGCAGUGGCAACCCGUGCGUGACCGACCGUGCUCGCCAUGGACGUCCUCGAAGACGUCGUCGGGCAUGUCCCCGACCAGUUGACCAAGCAGUGAGUUCGCACUGGCGUUAUGGGGCGAGCAACUUUUUUUUCGCUGAAGCCCACCUACUUGUUUCUGUUCAUGAGUCGCUGCUCCUUCAAGGGCGCUGGAGAAACCCUCGCCCCUCGGCCCUUGCGUCUGGCUCCUCCUCCCUCGUCCCCGCUCCUUCCUCCGAGUCUACUCCUUCCUCAUCCGUCCUCCUUCCUUUUCCGUCCGCAUCCUGCGGGGGCCUGCAGGGGCUUCCAUUUUUUUUUGUAUAUACGUGUGUGUGUGUGUGUGUGUGUGUAUAUGCGUGAAUGUUCGGUCUUGCACUUGCUUCGUCUUGCGCUCAACGCAGCUGCAGGUUCGACACACUUGGACUUCGGUUCGCUGGCCUUUGGACGCCCGUAUGGUUUCUUUCCCCAGCCGCAUGCGAGCGAAUAGUCGGUGCAGUGUCACGUGCAGCAGGAAGCUCCCGAAGUCCGCGUUCUCGUGAUAGGGGGCAACGUCGUGAUCGAGAAUGGCACCUCGAAGCGCAAUGUAUGCAAAUGAUACCCAAUCGGGUGGUCAUCUGUGCUUGCAAUGGCGCUGCAUGGGAGGUCGUGCCUGCAAUGGUGCUGCACGUACCGCACGCUGUGAGAGUAGCACCAGGCAAUCAGAACGAGGAUGGGGAGGG